CCCCUUGUAAGGAAAGACACUUUCCACCAUAGCAAACACAGGUUAGCCCGACUGUAAGACGGAAACAUGGUGUCCGCUUCGUCGCUGUUUCUUAUAACAUUGAGCUUUCUCUGUGGAGAAGCUGUAGCACAAGGAAAACUAGUAUACGUGACUGUGUUGUUUCGACAUGGUGACCGCUCCCCAGUCAAAGCCUACCCUACAGACCCGUACCAAGAAUCCGCUUGGCCACAGGGCUUUGGACAGCUCUCACAGGAGGGGAUGAGGCAGCACUUCAACCUGGGCCAGUUCUUCAGAAACCGAUACAAAGGAUUCCUCAACGAGUCCUAUGAACGACACGAGAUAUCAGUCCGGAGCACGGACUACGAUCGCACCCUCAUGAGUGCUGAGGCCAACCUCGCAGGUCUGUACCCGCCCACUGGUCAGCAGGUCUUCAAGACAGACUUACAGUGGCAGCCGAUCCCGGUUCACACAGUCCCACAAAGUGAAGAGAAACUUCUCUCUUUCCCCAGACAUGACUGUCCUCGCUACGAGCUGCUGAUGACUGAGACCGAGCAGGCGGAGGAGUUCCUCAACGUCACCACCUCAUACCAGGACUUUAUCGAGUUUGUGAGGGACAAAACUGGAUUAAAUAAAACCGAUGUGGAGUCAGUCUGGAGCGUGCACGACACACUGUUCUGUGAGUCCCGUCACAACAAGUCAGCUCCAGACUGGGUCACUCCUGAAGUCAUGCAAAAGCUCCGUUUCCUUAAAGAUUUUGGAUUUAAGGUAUUUUUCGGGGUCCACAAUCCUCAAGAAAAAAGCCGUCUGCAGGGAGGAAUCCUUCUGGGUGAAAUAGUGCAGAACAUUUCCAAGAUGGCUGUCCCAGACCCCAAAAAUAAACUCAAAUUGAUGAUGCUGUCAGCGCAUGACACCACUGUGGCCGCGCUGCAGUGGAGCCUGAACGUGUACAACGGGAAACAACCGCCGUACGCCUCCUGUCAUAUAUUUGAGCUGUACAAGGAUGAGAAUGGUUCUGCUUCAGUGUUGAUGUUUUACCGUAACGACAGCUCAGUGGAGCCGUACCCUGUGCAGUUACCCGGCUGUUCCCUUCACUGCCCCCUAGAGGACUUUGUAAGGAUUACAAAGCCGUCUAUUUCAGAAGACCGGGACAAGGAGUGUCAGCUGCCUUCAGAGAGGAGAGAUACAGAAGUCAUCAUCAGCCUGGCGCUGUCCGGCUGUCUCCUCCUCCUCCUCAUCGCCCUCCUCCGCGUUAUUUGUUGGCAGAAAGAGCCAAUGAGCACUCGGGGAUACCAACAUGUGAUCAACCAGGAAGUAGGAGAGGACUCCUGACAGGAGUACAAGCUCCUCCCUAGGAGGUCGACGAGCCUCGUGUCAUGGGAAAGCAGUGAUGACGGUGAACUCUGAAAGACCUCUUUGAUGGACUCUGUAGGAUCCAGUUCCAACAUGGUUUUUGUUUUGUUUAUUUCUUUUGUGAAAGGUGAGUUUUAACCAAAAUGGACCUACCUACAGGACUCUAAACUGAGACCAUGUUUAAGGACCAGCUGAUUCCCACAUCGAGCUAACAGCAGAGACAACACGUAGCAUGUUAACUCGCUGUCAGCCAAUCAAGCUCAUGAUUUAAAAACAUGGACAGUAGUCAAGACCAGGACACACCUGAAUCAGAGUGCUCUGAGACCCAGAGCUUAAAUAACUAAAUCAAUAUCUUGUGUCCGUAGCACAGGGAAGGCUGCGGCUGGAACCGAGGGGCAAAAAAAAAAUCAAACUACAAAUGAAUAGAAAUCAUUAUUUGUUUUAGAAUGGGUGCUUUGGUCUUGAUUUAAAACCUGGAGUCCACCAAGUCUGAGACCAAGACAAGACCAAGUACUACAACACUAGUCUGAUCACUUCUGUUAUUAAAGAUUGCAUAUGUCCGUGUGUAAGUU